AUGGACAAAGAAAACUGCUCCUCAUUGACUGACUUCUUUCUAUUAGGGAUAACAAAUAGUCCGGAAAUCAAAAUGUCUCUCUUUGUCACAUUUUUAAUUGUGUAUCUCAUUAAUGUCCUGGCAAAUCUUGGUAUGAUCACUCUCAUCAGAGUGGACUCCCAGCUGCACACACCCAUGUACUAUUUCCUUAGUCACCUCUCCUUCGCUGACCUCUGUUAUUCCAGUGCAGUUGGCCCCAAGAUGCUACUGGAUCUACUCACCAACAACAGAUCAAUUCCUUUUGUUGGCUGUGCUUUACAGCUUUUCUUCUUCUACAUGUUUAUAGACGUUGAGUGCCUGCUGCUGGCAGUGAUGGCUUUUGAUCGCUACAAGGCCAUCAGCAACCCCUUGCUCUAUGCAGUGGACAUGUCGAGCAGGGUGUGCUCUGUACUUGUGGCUACAAUUUACACCUUGGGGAUAGUAGAUGCUUUGAUCCAUACAUCGUUGGCAUUCCACUUAUGUUUCUGUGGUUCUAGGGAGAUCAAUCAUUUCUUCUGCGAUGUUCUUCCUAUCCUAGUAAUAUCUUGCUCUGAUACACAGAUCAAUGAGUUAUUGAUAUUCACCAUUUUUGGUUUUAUAGAACUGAGCACCAUCUCAGGGAUUUUGGUCUCUUAUUUUUAUAUUAUCUUGUCAGUCAUAAAGAUCCGCUCUGCUGAGGGGAAGUUUAAAGCCUUCUCCACCUGCGCCUCCCACCUCACUGCCGUCACCAUCUUCCAGGGAACCAUGCUCUUCAUGUACUUCCGUCCCAGUUCUGCCUACGACCUCCAUCAGGACAAAGUGACCUCACUGUUUUACAGCCUGGUGAUUCCCAUGCUGAACCCUCUGGUUUAUAGUCUACGGAAUCAGGAUGUGAAAGAGGCCACAAAAAGAUUAAAAAAAAAUUUUGUCUUAGGCUAA